CCCAGAAUUAUCUCCACCUCCUCCAGCGGCACAGGCUGCCCAUCGAGCCACACCACCGUGACAUUCAAUAACGACUGGGACGAGCCCGUCCUACAAAUGCGAGCCUUCGAAGCCCGGUACCCAGGGUUCCAACAAAGCACCACGUUUUGCCAACUGCACCUGCAGGGCGUGGGAGUCGACCCGGGCUGGCAGUUCGCCGUUAAGAAUGUUUGGACAACGGGCCACUUGAUAUUGAGUCGGGGGGCGACGUUGGAGUAUUAUUUGACGACUUAUUUUAGUCAAAAUGCUGCGUAUACGCGCACACAACAUGUUUCCGUCUCGAAUAAUGUCGGCAAUUCCACCAUUGAUCGAUACGCCGCAAUACAUAUCAGGGUUCCGGAUGGUGGCGAGAUUUGGUCGCCAUGCACUGAUUCUAGGGGCUACGCCGGGCUUUUGAAUAUUAACUUCCGGGUUGCGCUUCUAGGGGGUGUCAAUGGAACGCAGACUGGGUACUUUGGGAAAGGAACGAGGGAGAGUGUUACGGAGGAGUGGCAGUACGCUUGGAGACGGUGCUGA